AAUUUAUUUUGUUUUUCCUUUGCCGUCGCGUGCAUGACGAAAUCUCAGCUCAACAUUAACGACGCAACCCCCAACCCCACGACCGGCACCACAAUUAAUCACCACGUGUUUUUGUUGUUGUAGCUGUUGUAUCGCAUCGACACUGAGUUAAAGCAGCCGGGUCUGCUCUGCCUCGCGAAGGAGCCGUAUUGUGCAAACGUGGGGAUUGCCAGGCAGCGCGUAAAGACAACCACUCAAGAAUAGCGUAACAAAAAAGCCAACUCUUCAGGAUGACGGCGAUGUUUGCAAGAAUCACCUUCUACCCGUCACUGUUCUACAACGUGAUGAUGGAGAAGAUCACCGCCCGCCACUGGUACGAUCGGAUCGACGAGAACGUGAUCCUCGGUGCGCUACCGUUCCGGUCGGUGGCGCAGGAGAUGGUGCAGAAGGAAAACAUUAAGGCGGUGGUGUCGAUGAACGAGGACUACGAGCUGUGGGCGUUCUCGAACAACAAGGCCCGGUGGGCCAAGCUGGGCGUCGAGUUCCUGCAGCUCGAAACGACCGACAUCUUCGAGUCGCCGUGCCAGGAGAAGCUGUGGAAGGGGGUGAACUUUAUGAACCGGUUCCUGCCGGCCAGCGACCGGAUGGCUCUGCUGCCCGCCGCCCCCGGGGAGCUGGCCGAACCGGGCACGAUCUACGUGCACUGCAAGGCGGGCCGGACGCGCAGUGCCACGCUCGUCGGCUGCUACCUUAUUAUGAAAAAUGGCUGGAGCCCGGAGCAGGCGGUGGAACAUAUGCGCCAGUGCCGGCCGCACAUACUGCUCCGCAGCAAGCAGUGGGAAGCGUUGCGGUUAUUCCACCAGACGAAGUGUCCCCCGCCAAAGACACCAACGUAGAGCUCCAGCGCACAGCCACACGCGGACGGACUCCCAACAAAGCAUCCCCCCGGGUGGCCGGUGGAACAAAUGCAACGAACUCGAGUAGGGGGAGGAUGGAAAGCAGCAACGCCUUUUGCGCCACGGUGAGGAGGCUGGUUGGCACGACCAAUCUGCGCCGUGCGUCCAUUAUACUAUUGUAGCAUGAUAUAUAUAUAUAUAUAUUUAUAACUCAUCACAAGCUAAGAAAAGGCUGGCAAACGUGAACGUUGGCCUGGAUAGAUUGCGCGGUUUUGUUUGUGUUUGUGUAAAGCCAAUUUAUUCUGAUCGCGCAGUUUGUUAGUUCAAUUUGCUCAGGGUGGCGCGUAGCGCGCGGUAAAGGAAAAAGGAUAUAAUGUACAAUAAAUUUGGUUUGUGUUUUGUAUUUAA